CCACGCUGCAGCGGUAUAACCGUGCGGCCAGCGCGCGCAUCUUUCCCCGAGCUGACGAUGGCUGCAGCCUCCUUUAUAACCUCUUUGGUCACCCGACUGCUCCGGUCCGCGCAGAGUGGCCGCCUCCAUCAAUGCCCUUUCCACCUCUCGGCAGUGCGAAAUGAAGCUGUUAUCAUUUCUGGAAGGAAACUUGCUGAGCAGAUCAAGCAGGAAGUGCGGCAGGAGGUGGAAGAGUGGGUGGCGUCAGGCAACAAGCGGCCACACCUGAGCGUGGUUCUGGUUGGCGAGAACCCUGCAAGUCAGUCCUAUGUCCUCAACAAAACCAGAGCAGCUGCCAGUGUGGGAAUCAACAGUGAGACCAUUCUGAAACCAGCUUCAAUUUCAGAGGAAGAACUGUUGAAUUUAAUCAAUAAACUAAAUAAUGAUGAUAAUGUAGACGGCCUCCUUGUUCAGCUGCCUCUUCCAGAGCACAUUGAUGAGAGAAAGGUCUGCAAUGCUGUUUCUCCAGACAAAGAUGUUGAUGGCUUUCAUGUAAUUAAUGUAGGGCGAAUGUGUUUGGACCAGUGUUCCAUGUUACCAGCUACUCCAUGGGGUGUGUGGGAAAUAAUUAAGCGAACUGGCAUUCCAACCCUAGGGAAGAAUGUGGUUGUGGCCGGAAGGUCAAAAAAUGUUGGCAUGCCCAUUGCAAUGUUGCUGCACACAGAUGGGGCCCAUGAACGGCCCGGAGGCGAUGCCACUGUCACGAUAUCUCAUCGCUACACUCCUAAGGAGGAGCUAAAGAAACACACAGCUCUUGCAGAUAUUGUGAUCUCCGCUGCAGGUAUUCCAAAUCUGAUCACAGCAGAUAUGAUCAAGGAAGGAGCAGCUGUCAUUGAUGUGGGAAUAAAUAGAAUUCAAGAUCCCAUAACUGCUAAACCCAAGUUGGUUGGAGAUGUAGAUUUUGAAGGAGUCAAGAAGAAAGCAGGUUACAUCACUCCAGUCCCUGGGGGUGUUGGUCCCAUGACUGUGGCAAUGCUGAUGAAGAAUACCAUUAUUGCUGCAAAAAAAGUGCUGAGGCUCGAAGAACAGGAAGUACUGAAGUCUAAGGAACUUGGAGUAGCAAGUAAUUAACUAUUGUGUCUUCUGUGUCAUGAACAGCACUCCAAGCCAGUUCAAGAGGAAAACCAGGUCAAUAGAAAUGCAGUAUUUUUUCUUUACUUACAUGGCUUUAAAUAAUGCUUUGUAUUUAUUGUAAGCUUAAAUGAGUGUGUUUUUGCACACGUAGCUCUGCGAUAACCUACCAGGGAGCAUGCCACUGUCGUGCUGGUCAUGUGAUCCAACCAAGAGAAACAUUACCCUAGAGAUUAACAGGGAGGACCCUGUCCCCCUGAGAAUGGCUGCUUAACUUUGUCAGGCCUCUUCAGUUGAAAUUUGUCUUCUUUAGAAAGGCAGCUGUGCUCACCAUUAUACCACCAAUGCUGCCCAGGCUUGGCUUUUCUACGAUUGCAUUUCCCAAGUGCUAUUCCAAUAAUGAGUUGAUACUCACUUUAGGUUCCAAGCCUUUUGAGUUCAACUGGUCAAACCAAAGGAAAAAUGUUACUAGAGAAAAUUAGGGAAAAGUUAAAGAAGAAAGAAAUGGUAAUUGAGUAGAAAAAAAUUUACCCUAAUUUAUAUAUGUAUUGAUGAUAAAGAAGGAAAACUGCAUGUUGAUAGUCUCCCUAUCAUUUUGUGACUCAGUCAUUGGGAAGAUGUCUGGGGUUUUCCCAUUUGCUAUUGGCCCUUGUUUUAUGUUCAUUACCACUUGGAGUCUCCCCAUUUUACUUUUCUAGGAUUGAAAGGCUUAUUUUAUAAAUUAUUCGUGUGUGUUGUCAUAUUUGACUUUUCCUAUAUCCUCAAACUUCACUGUCAAAUUUUUAUACUGUUAGAAGUGUCUGUAUGGUUUCUUUAGCGUAUCUUGAAACCUAUUUUUGGAAAACAUAACUUGGGCUUGAUAAUCAUUAGGGCAGCUAUAUAUAAGUAUGGAACUUACUUUUCCACCAAAGAACUGUCAACAGCUGGCAGCUUUUCUCUGCUGCACCUGUUGGCUUUCCUUGAUCAAUUUUUGACAGAGUUAAUACUGAAUUUAAUCAGACUUUAUUAAGGGACUUUUUUGCAUCAUUUUGAUUUUUUAAAUAAAACACUUCUGACUUGAUAUGGAAUGAGUUUCUGAAAUACUUCAUCUUUCUGCUACUAUCUUCUUGUGACCUAAUUUUUCUCAUUGGAUGUAAUCAAUUUAAAUAUUCCUGUAUUUGGUAACAUCCAAUCUUAUGCCUUUAACAAAUUGGUUUAAAGAGCUGUGGAGAAAGCAGCCUAGUCCUUUUAAUUGUACAUCCCAAGCCAGAAGUUUCAUCUGUAAGAUUCAUUUCAGUGGUUAGUCUUGUUCUGAGUAUUUUAAACCAUAUGUUCAAUUUACACAGGACUUCUUGAUGUGUUUUGCCAAAUCUCCCCCUCCUCCACAUUAUAUAUAUAAAUUUU